CUCGCGCAGCGGCGCAGGACAGAAUACAAAAUGGCCGCUGUGUGUGUCCCAUGGUGUGUUGGUCUCUUGGUGCGUGAAUUGCAUUCAUAGUGUGGCGCAUUCUAUUACCUGGUGGGCGUGAAGUUACGAUAUUUUUAAACAUCUUAGGCCUCCCAACUCUUACACACACACAUUGCGGCAAAUUGGUGUGUUACGCACGACACCACGCCAUGAGCGUAAGGACUGCCAGUGAAAUUCGUCGAAUUGUGUGAAGCCGGUCUCAUGGACGUCAAAGCAAAGAAUAUGCAUUGGUCAGCUUGGCCCGAGUCACCCUAGCUGCACCGAAGCAUCCUUUUCUGUUUAACGUUUUCGGCUUGCUGAGGCCUCCGAAUACAGGGGCUGUAUAAGACUGGCUGUCCACUAUCACGGACAGCUGAUCUAGCAUGGAAACACCCCCCGGCACAUUCAGGCCUUUGCAGUGAAACCCUGAGACAGCCUUAGCGGCCUGGUUCCAGCUUUGAGCUUCAUGGUAAGAAGUAACUCCAUCGCUUGAGGCAGGUGCCUAAUGUCCUCGUGCACAGAAGGCUUGGCUUGACUGGUGACAAUAGCCUAUGCCAGUGGUGACCAUGCAAGUAAUCCAGACGCAGCCAAUGACUCCUGGUGGCCGCUUCCAGUAUGGAGGUGGCCCGAAAUAUGGGGGCUACGGAGGGGGACGCAGCCAGGCAGGAGGAACCUAUGGGCCCGUUGGGGGCAGACCAGGCAUGUCCUCCAUGCAGAGUAUCGAGUUUGAUGGGAAGCGGCUACGCAAGGCCGUUGCCCGCAAGACUGUCGACUACAACACUGCUGUGGUUGAGUACCUCGAGAAUCGUGUCUGGCAGAGGGACUAUCGGGAUGCAAGAGCCCUGCAGCCGGAUUCUGGUUACUACACCAGGUUGAUGCCCCCCCUGGCCAUGCUGGCCAACCCCAUCAAUGCUGUGACCACCAAGUUUGUGCGGACCUCCACCAACAAGAUGCGCUGUCCCAUCUUCUGCGUAGUGUGGACUCCCGAGGGUCGGCGGCUCAUCACGGGGGCAUCAAGUGGGGAGUUCACCCUCUGGAACGGACUCACAUUCAACUUUGAGACCAUUCUGCAGGCGCAUGACUCGUCGGUGCGCUGCAUGGUGUGGAGCCACAACGACACGUGGAUGGUGACUGGGGACCAUUCGGGCUACGUCAAGUACUGGCAGUCCAACAUGAACAAUGUCAAGAUGUUCCAGGGCCACAAGGAGGCCAUUCGAGGCAUCAGCUUCUGCCCGACGGACACAAAAUUCACCACUUGUUCCGAUGACGGAACGGUGCGCGUCUGGGACUUCCUGCGCUGCUUUGAGGAGAAGAUCCUCCGAGGGCAUGGGGCAGACGUAAAGUGUGUGGACUGGCACCCGCAGAAGUCGCUCAUUGUGUCCGGCAGCAAGGACAGCCAGCAGCCCAUAAAACUGUGGGACCCCAAGUCUGGACAGAGCCUGGCAACCCUCCACGCACACAAGAGCACAGUGAUGGAGGUGAAAUGGAACCGCAAUGGCAACUGGCUGCUGACAGCUUCCCGGGACCACCUGCUCAAGCUGUUUGAUAUUCGCAAGAUGAACCAGGAGAUGCAGACCUUCCGUGGACACAAGAAGGAAGCCUGCAGCUUGGCAUGGCACCCAAUCCACGAGUGCCUGUUUGCCAGUGGCGGUUCUGACGGUGCCGUCAUGUUCUGGAUGGUUGGGGCUGACAAGGAAGUGGGUGCCAUGGAGAAUGCUCACGACUCGUGCGUCUGGUCUCUGGCCUGGCACCCAUUGGGACACAUCCUCUGCUCUGGGUCCAACGACCACACAAGCAAGUUCUGGACACGCAAUCGACCUGGGGACAAAAUGCGGGACAAGUACAACCUCAACACUCUACCCAGAGGGCUGGAUGACACUGGAGAAUAUGAUGAGCCAACGACUACACCAGCAUCGGCCACGCCUAACAUACCUGGCAUGGGACUGGAGCAGAGCACCCUUGAGGCAGUGCGAGCUCUGAGCGAUGUGCAGACUCAAGCCAUGCCCAGUGCUGGAGGCGGUGGCCGGAAGGACUUUGGUGGCGGUGGUGGCCGGGAACUGGGUGGCUCCAUUCCGGGGCUGGACUUUGGCGAAGAGGUGCACGAGAGCCACUCUGGUGGCGGAGGGGGCGGCCGACACAAGCGCACCCCGUUUUCUAAGCCCAUUCCGAAGCACUUCCAGCAGCAGUGGAUGGAGAACAAACAGCCCCUGCUGCUAGCACCUCCACCCCCGGAUGGGGCAGGGGUGCCCUCUCCGGGCCUCGCCCAGCAGCAGCAAGAGGCUGGUGCGGAUGGUUCCCAGUUGCAACAGCCCACAGUGCCAGGCAUGACACCCGGUGGCAUGAACCUGCAGCAGCCACCACAGCAGCAGCCAGGCAUGCCCAUGGGCAUGAUGGGCCAGCCACAGGGGGGCAUGGGAGGCUUUACACCUGUCGGGGGCCUCCUCGGCGCACCCCCGCAUCAUCCGAGCAGCAUGAUGUUUUCCCACUUCCAGGGGGCACCGCCGGUCUCUGCUGCAGGUGUCGAUGCACCACCCAACGGUGUGCCCAUGGGCUUUCGACACCAGGGAAUGCCACCCAUGGCCGGCCAGGACCAGGGCCAGUUCCAGAGACAGGCAGCUGGCGAGUGGCGCAACAUGGGCGACCCUGGCGCUGGCAGCCAGGCACAACCACAGAUCAGGCAACAGUUCCAACAACAACAGCAGCCACAGCAGCAGCAAGACGGCAGUGCUGGGGUUCCAGACGCUGGCACUUUCUUCCAGCCACAACAGCAACAGCAGCAGUUCUGGCGAGGCGGGGGCAGCCCGCACAAGCGCGGCGGGGGCGGCAGCCAUUGGUACCAAGGGGAUGGACCUGGGCAACAGCAGGAGGGACUCAAGCGGCCCUGGGGGGCUGACGAGGGGGGAUCCGAGGGACAGCCACCAAGCAAGAGGGGCGGAGGAUGGGGCACCAGGGGCGGCUUCGGGCGCGGCUUCGGCAGGGGAGGCUUCCGUGGUCGAGGGGGUUUCCGUGGCGGCAGGAGUGGUCCAAGGGGAGGAGUGAGGGGCCACUGAUCUGUUGGUUUGUGCGUGCUUUCUUUUUUUUUCUUUGCUUUUCUUUUUUUUUUGCACAAUCAGUCCAUGAUGUGUCCCAGUGCGCCUGCUCACGUCUUCUGUGUCAUCGGAUUCUUCUCAUUCAAGGAUUGUGCAGAAGACAAGACUUAAAGACAAGCUUCAGCUCUGGUAUGAUACUUGGAGCCGGGAAUGGGGUGAGGGGGUUGCUAUGAACAUCUGCGAGGUCUUAGGUGCUCUUAGGACAACCAGUUCAUUAUUGCACGCCUGCUCAUAUCUUCAACGUCACCAAUUUCAUAUGAACUGAACUUCUGGAGCGUGCAAGGACUCUUGUACAAUCCUAGUACAGUGGAGCAUGCCGAGCUCUGUGGUGAAGCAUUGGGUGGCCCUGUGGCAUUUUGUGUGUUUCACUGCUCGCACUUACAUCUUGAACUGUGGUAAAGAAGCGAACUUCACUCACACAUUAUUAUGGGUCCUAAUUCAUCUUCCUGUGCACAUGUGCACCUGUUUUCAGGCCAAGGCUCAGCAGUUCAACAAUGAAAGAUAACUGUGAUGCCAGAGUAAAAGCUACGGACUGGAAUAACUGUGCACACAGUAAAUGGUGGGCAACAAAUUUCAUUUCAAGCAGAAUUAAAGGGGAAAAUAUAUGCUGCAAUGAAAGACUAAAUUCUGUAAGACAGUAAUUAUAAUUUGGUAUUAAUAAGCAAUUGUUGGCUAUUUGUGCACUUCCUUUCUGUGUAUGAUCUGUAUCCCUUUCUGUAACUGCUGCUGCAUUUAAAAGCAUCAAGUAGCGAGGUUGUGCUACAGCAUUGGUAACUUCUGCAAAAGGCAGAGGAACAGCUCAGAUUCUGUGAUCUUACACAGCAAAAGGUACACUUUUGCAUGCCCAUGAGGCAAUUUUUUUCCCCCAAAGUUCCGGUAAAAUAGCGCUUACACUGAUCACUUAAGUGUUAAUUAAAGUGCGGCAGUACUGUUUGUAUGCAUGGUCAUUUACCUGCACGAUUUACAUGUGUGGGAAAUUCACAUGGCAUAUUUAGUUACCAAAUUAGUUUUCGGUAAAUUUGCUUAUUCAUUUAGCAAAAUCAGUUUGGUCCAUGGAACCUCUUCGGUUCAGUGUUCUCUGGUCAUGUGCAUUCCUUGGCAAGUUAAAAAUGUGCCCACAACUUGCUCAUGAAUGCUGCUUGGUUUUAGCCAGGAUAUUAAAAAGAAAUGGCUUUUUACUUGCUGGUUUUAUGUUGUUUCUAAGUUUAUGGAGCCUUGGUCCAUAGUUUCUGUGUCAGCAUUGUAUUGGAUUGCGAAGUGUGGUGUGUGUUACAGCUUGCCUGUAGCAGGUCGUUGAUGUGACAGCACUUCCGUCCAGAUGGAGCAAACCUUGCGUUUUUGUGUCUUGCUAUUCCUUAUGUUGUGUUCAUGGCUUAAGAAGUUUGUUGCUUUGUGAAUACGCUUUAACAGACAAAAUUUGUUGUAGCACUGCUGGCAACCCCAGUAGUUGCUUUGGUUUAUGCUCCUCAAAGCAGAAGAAAGGCUUUCUUUGACGGACGAGCCAGACCAUAGUAAGACACUUAGAUGUGCACUUUCAGUGUAGGGAUGUUGACACCACUCAUCAUUUUUAAGAAACCAAUAAGAAAACCUGGAUGGUCUUGACCGGCAACUAGAGUCUGACCAUGAUAGAUGUCGACCUGCAGCAAAGCUCCCGUGAAAUGUAAACCGUCGUUGUUGAAUUUUCCUUUGUGCACACGAUUACUGCAAGCAGUGUGUUUGAGUGUCAUGUGUUGCAGUGUUGUUAAGGUGUAUAGACUUCGCUUGGGAUGUGUCACUCCAGUCUUUAUUAGUGUGCCCUGGACAAUGAUCAUCUUCAAGGAAGAGCCACGCAUCCCAAAUCCAUGUGUGAUUUAUUUUUAUUCUGUAGGUUUGUGUUUCUGAGGUGGCAAAAAUAACAAUGCACUCUUUCUUCA